AUGGUGACGGCGGUCGACAAGGACGGUCGACAACGCCGCCAGCAACAGCACAGAAGUCAACAUGGUGCGAUGUCCGUGCAACGAUAUCUCAUUCACAGCUCCUCUGCUUCGGAAUGUCCUGGAUGGAAACCAGCAAGCUUGCCCAUGCGGGCUGGAGGGAGACCAUCAGGGUAUAUAAACGGCAUUCGAGCCGUUGAGACAAGCUCUUUUGUCCAUCCUCGGUCAGCAGGCCACUGGCCAUUCUCUGUCCUGGGGGGAUGCACGACGAGAUUAUUGGCAUCUCCUCUCCGCUCGCAGCGUUGCAUCAUCUCUUCCCCACCGUCUGGCUCUCCGGCAUCUUCUUCCUCUGCAUCCGUCUGCCUCGUCCUGCGUCCUUCACCUCGGGAGCUACCAGAAUAAUGACACUGCUCGACCUCAGGCAGCAAACUCCGGCGGGUCAGCAGUCCACCUUACC